CAUCCCCCUACAACACACUCAUACCCAUCUAUACAACACCCUCCCCCUACGUCCUUCCCACAGGUCGUAUAUCCCGAUCCACACUCGCCCACUGUUCCACCCGCGCAGGACUGCCCCGCUGGACAGCAUCCUACCUCACUUCCCACCAGCUCGCAUGUUUCGUCGUCACCGCAGCAGGUGGAGGGGCGGUUGAUGGAUGUGCAGGGGGAGGUGUUGGGGGGACAGGUGAAUGCUCGGGCGAAGAGUUGGCGGAUUUGGUGGAGGGCGUUUUGUGGGGUUGGGGUUGGGGUUGUUGGGGCGUUGAGGGGGUAGAUGCGGGGGUGAUGGGUAUUAUUUUCUUCGUCUCUUUUGGCUUUUGAUGCUCCUGGCGCUGCUUCGGGUGGGUGGGGAUUGAAUUGAUGAGAUGUAGAGGAAGAUAUAUUUGCGAAAAGCCAAUACUCCGGAAGAAACUUCUCGCCUUCGUCGGGGGUCAUUUUGCGGAUUUGGAGGGGUCUUUCAUUUUUGCUAGAUUCAGUAUUGGGUCCAGCUGCUGCUGAUGCUGGUCCUGUUCCCAGUAGGAAGGCGGCAAUCCAGGGUGUCAGAUGGGUGGAUUUCAUUCUUUCCGUGGAUAGACUAAGAUCGCCAGUCGAUCGUGGGACUCCCGAGUCGGACUCAUGAUCGCUGGCAGCUAU